UCAAAAAUAAUUUACCCAACAAUGAAAACUCUUCCAUGGUAGUCGAAAAAUCCAUUAGUGAGUAGAAUGUGACCAUUAAAGAAUGCAUUGGCUGCCGUAGACAGUAGUGAUUAAAAUUGUUCCUCUGCCUUUACUUAUUAUAAUGACCCGACAUUUUAAUUGGAAUGUCAAAACGUCAACUUCCUGGCUGUUGUACUUCAUAUUCGCUCUAGUAGGUGAAGUGUCAAAUCAAUCUUUUCAACGUACCAACGAAAUCGGGACGCAACAAGAACUAGACAAAACAAUAAUAUCAAGUGCCAAUGCUGGUGAACAGUUGGUGGUAUCGAGUCAUUCUUCAGCAGGCGCUGUCCACCCUGUAAGGGCACCUAACCUUCAACAUCAUCAGCACCACGGUCAUUGUCGUGGCUAUGACAACGUGAGAUCUAAACGUUCGGAUGCACACUUGCAACAACAUAUGGCGUGGAGUAGUGAUGAUGAUGUUUACGAGAGGUUUUUCAAACGUAGUCACCACACCAAACGACACGGUCGGCACUAUGCCCACCACAGUCCUUAUGUAAUAUAUCAGGAACCCCAUCACAAUAGUCAUCAUCGUCACCUUUCGCUUCACCAACAUAAUGUAGAGCACAGAAAAGAGCAUCGCAAUCAUCAUCGAAACCAUCAUCGGCACUACCAAUACUUCCAUGACUCGGGUGAGAUGGAAAAAGGAGACUUCGUUCAUCUUGCUUCACCCUAUGUUGAAGAAGAUCCCAGCAGACCACAUCUAUCCCGAGAAGUUCUUCCAAAUGAAAACCACAAUGACGCUGCAUCCUCGCUUUCUGCCCAUGACCCACAUCAUAAUCUUCAUUGGCCAGUUAAAAAGGAGGCAGUUGUCGAAGGUGACGUUGUCCUCGGUGGCUUGAUGAUGGUUCACUCAAGGGAAGAUAGCAUUAUUUGCGGACCAAUAAUGCCACAAGGUGGAAUUCAAGCUCUCGAGGCGAUGCUAUUCACAUUAGACCGAAUAAAUGAGAAUCAACUGCUCCCGAACAUAACUUUGGGUGCCCAUAUCCUUGAUGAUUGCGAUAAGGACUCGUACGGAUUGGAGAUGGCUGUUGACUUCAUAAAAGGUUCAAUAAGCAACAUCGAUGACACGGAAUACCACUGCAACAAGACGCACAUUCGGAAAGUUAUUUCAGGCGUUGUCGGAGCUGCUUCCUCAGUAACAUCCAUCCAGGUUGCGAAUUUGCUCCGAUUGUUCCGAAUUCCACAGGUUUCAUUCUUCUCGACCAGCCCAGAACUCAGCAACAAGCAGCGUUUUGAAUACUUUUCACGUACAAUUCCCUCAGAUCACUACCAGGUGAAGGCGAUGGUAGCUAUCGUCCUGCGAAUGGGAUGGAGUUACGUGUCCAUAAUCUACGAGGAAAGUAACUAUGGAAUCAAGGCAUAUGAGGAGCUCGAGGAAUUGCUGGCCAAACACAAUAUCUGUAUAGCUGUCAAGGAGAAACUUGUUAAAGAUUCUGGAGUGGCCAAGGACUGGGCAUACGAUAAUAUCGUACUGAAGCUACUGACUAAGCCACGGGCGCGAGGUGUGAUAAUCUUCGGGUCGGAUCAGGAGGUUGCGGGCGUGAUGAGGGCAGUUCGCCGGAAUAAUGCGACUGGAGCAUUUUCCUGGAUUGGGUCGGAUGGUUGGAGCGCUCGUAAUUUGGUUUCGGAUGACAAUAAACCAGAGGUGGAAGGCACGCUGUCAGUUCAGCCUCAGGCGAAUCCUGUCAAGGGUUUCGAAGAAUAUUUCCUGAAUUUAACGGUGGAAAAUAAUUUGAGAAAUCCGUGGUUUGUCGAAUUCUGGGAGGACCAUUUCAAAUGCAAAUACCCCAAUAGCCCUUUUACCCCGCAUAACCGAAACUUUACAAAAGUUUGCACCACAAAGGAGAAAUUGACCAAGAACAAUACAGAUUUUGAGGACCAAUUGCAAUUCGUUAGUGACGCGGUUAUGACGUUUGCACACGCUUUAAAGGAUAUGCAUCGUGAUUUAUGUGGUGGUCGACCAACACUCUGUGAAGCCAUGAAACCCACGAAAGGCGCAGAUUUGCUCAAAUAUCUUCGAAAGGUAAAAUUCCAAGGUCUAAGCGGUGACCACUUCAAGUUUGAUGCGAAUGGUGACGGACCGGCCAGGUACAACAUAAUUCACUUCAAACAGGUCGAGGAGGACAAAUACAAGUGGAUCAAAGUGGGCGAAUACUAUGAGGGUGAGCUACGCCUUAAUAUGUCAGAAGUGCAAUUCAAAUUGAAUCAUCCAAAGCCACCUGAGUCGGUUUGCAGUCUGCCAUGUGAAAGAGGUCAAGCUAAGAAAUACGUUGAGGGUGAAAGUUGCUGUUGGCACUGCUUCAAUUGCUCAAUGUAUCAGAUCCGCCAUCCUGCUGACGAAACACAAUGCUUAACUUGUCGACUGGGAACUUUACCGAAUCGCUGGAAGGAAGUAUGUCAGGAAAUUCCCGAAGUUUAUUUACGACCGGAAUCAGCAUGGGCAAUAGGUGCCAUGUCCUUCAGUUCGAUUGGCAUCCUUAUCACUCUUUUUGUAGUUAGUGUAUUUUUGAAACAUAACGACACACCCGUGGUUCGAGCGUCUGGCCGUGAACUGAGCUAUAUUCUUUUGGCCGGGAUUCUCAUGUGCUAUUUGGUCACUUUCGUCCUUGUGCUGCGUCCCACAAACAUUGUCUGUGGCUUGCAAAGAUUCGGAGCCGGCUUCUGUUUUACUGUCGUUUAUGCUGCGCUUCUUACCAAAACAAACAGGAUAGCGCGGAUAUUUAAAGCUGGCAAACAGUCGGCUAAACGUCCAUCUCUCAUAAGUCCAAAGUCGCAGCUAAUCAUAUGUGCAUGUUUGAUGUCCGUUCAGGUCCUCAUAAAUGGAGUUUGGAUGGUUAUUUCACCAGCACACGCUAUCCAUCACUAUCCUACACGUGAGGAUAACCUCCUCGUAUGUGACUCUUAUAUAGAUGCAUCAUAUAUGAUAGCUUUCUUCUACCCUAUUGUUUUAAUUGUUGUCUGCACUGUUUAUGCUGUACUUACACGAAAAAUACCGGAAGCAUUUAAUGAAUCAAAACACAUUGGUUUCACCAUGUACACAACUUGCGUGAUUUGGCUGGCUUUCGUUCCCUUAUACUUCGGUACAGCGAAUCAUGUCCCGCUAAGGAUUACAUCGAUGUCUGUGACUAUCAGUUUGUCUGCAAGUGUUACGGUGGCAUGUCUAUUUUCUCCUAAGCUUUAUAUUAUCCUUAUUCGACCGGAACGAAACGUGCGGCAAAGUAUGAUGCCGGCACGGUAUAGUGCAAUAAAUCGUGGUACAGGAUCUGGUCCAUCGUCCAUGAUGGCUCCCAUUAUGGUUACAGCGGCCACCUGUAACCAAGAUGAAAAGAUGCAGAAGCAUAUUCAGUCGCCAACCACAGAAGCAGCGGAAAAUGGAAAGCUGAAAUUCACGGAGAUGGCUACGCAAACCGUCAAUAUUUCCAGUAUAUUUACCAAAAUCGACAGCAUCGCUCUCAACUGCAAUUUACCAUAUGCAGAUCAAAACGUGCCAAAUAGCGUGGAUAAUCUACAAAUAGCGAAUAAUAACAAAAUCAAUGCCCAUCAUCCGGUAACGGUGACGUUCAACCUGGACACAGAUAAAGAUAAACGCGGAGUCAUAGAUACAAGCUUAUAGCAAGCUGCUGCAGCCACAAGUGAAAUUGGUAUGUGUGCUACAAUUGGUGCAAUAGGUGACCUGAGCAAUGCUAAUGAGGGUUGCGGUGACAGCGAGGGUGUUGAUAGAAGUAGUGAUUCAAUUAACCCAGGACACGAUAGUGAUGAAGAGGGUGUGGCGGCAAUGAACAAGCAACAGCAACAGCAACGAAAUGCUAUUCCAGUUUAAGAGAAGAUUUUUUUACUAAUUUUCAUGGAUUUUCUUCCGUCGUCAGUUUUAGUUCAAUUUCACGCUUGUUUGGGAAGCUAAUUACCUCUCCUGAAAUUUCUAAGAAACACAAGACGCAAUUACAGAUUUUAUGUGGAAUCCAGUAUUCGAAAAUCUUAAUGAAAAUUUAAAGAAACCCAGAUUUCAACAUAACAAGUUAUAACAGGGAUAAAAUUAGCUAAUUUGAAAAGAAAUCGAAAGAAGACGACGAAAUCGUUACUUCGAAAAAAAAUUUACGCAAGAACGCAAGACGAAACUAAGAUAAACUUAUAUUGUGAUAUGUAUCUAAAAAUAACAAUUUGUGUAGUUAAAAAAUCAAAAGAGAAAUACCAAAAGAGUUUCAGAUCCACUAUGUUAAGUUAGGCUAACAACAAUUAAUUUACUGCUAGGAAAAAUGUAAAGAAUCGUUUCCAUUCUAUUAUAGUUAAAUUUAGGUAGUGAAAAACCUUGAAUACUUGUAACCAAUACGGCUUCAAUCAGAGAAAGCGUUACGACACUUAUAUCGGUUUUCCUGUAGUUUUUCAUUUAAAAAUUGAACAAUUAGAUUGACAACAAAAUUUUACUCCAAUCAAUUUUCUCAAUUGAAGUAAAAUUUUGUGAAAUUUCCCCAAUAAUAAAAGAAAAACGAGAAAAGUGUAGUCUGGUUCGUUUUCAUGUUGUGUUCAAGAGCCCUGAACCCUUAAUGAAAUCAAAGAACCAACCAUUCAUAUGUAUAACGCCUAUACUCUGUACAUAGCAUUCUAAAGUUUAACUCUAACAAAAUACUUCACAAUUUAAUAAAUCAAUGCUAAAACUAUUAAUCGAAACUGAAAACAACUAAAUGAAAUUAAUUAAAAACUUCAAAGUUUAAUAUUAAUACGAACAAUCAAGCUAAAAAGUAACAAUUGUGGUCGUACUUGAAAAUGGACAAAAUACAACAAAUUGAAUAAAAUAAAUUGGAAAAAUGAAGAUAAAAGAUAAAAGAUAUAGAAAUAUCAUGAGCGAAAAUUAAUGCAUUUAAUGUCUUUAACUGAAAAUUGGUGAUGCAAAUUAUUGAUGUAAAUGUGAAAUAUUAUAUGAGUAAUGUUAUAUAUUAAAGUAAUCUUAUCGCAAUGGAUUAUGUAAAUAUAAUAAAUUGACAUGUCAAAAGCUUGAAAAAGCCAACAGACAACUGAAGAAUUACAUAGAUAAGAAAUUACGGAGUAAAAAUGUUAAUGGUGACAAAAUUGAAAUAAAAUCAAUUGCGAACAACUAAA